AUGUCGGCGCCGGAAGUCGAGAUCCCCAGUCGAAGAAGGCCGGCAUCAUCAAGGUCUGCAUUGGCGGCCUCAAGUCCCGUCACGGCACAAGAUGAUAGGUCGGCAGUUUCCAAUAUUAAUGAGUCCAGCCCUCCUACGGGCAAUACCUGGGCGGAGCUGAGGCGUGCAGAAAAGGACUGCCAGCCGACGCCUCUCUCAGCAGAUGAUGCAGAGCAGGAAAACCCACAUAUUGUUGGCCCUGCCAAUACAAGCGACAGUCAGGUGCUCGCCGAUUAUCUUUCAAUAAUCAGUAGCAGCAAUGGAGGAGUGCGGAUGGUUCGCCCGGUCCCUGCGAGUCGUUCGAAGCCAGUACUAUUCGCGACAGUCAAGAAGCGUCCCAUUGGGAUGGACAACAGCCCGAACCCCUCACAACAAAAGCUUCACUUUAUUGAGAAGCUCCUAGAGCCCUGUAUCGACCAGCUUAUAGAUUUGUAUUUUGACAAGGUGAACAUCUGUUUACCUCUUCUAGACCUCGAAUCAUUCAAGAAGCAGCACCGUGAUGCGAAAGAAAAGAUAUCACCCGCACUGCUGUCAUGUUUGUACGCUCAUACGUUAGUCUACUGGCGAUUCUCUCCUCAACUCCGACAAUAUCGGCCGCCUGACAUACGUUUCAUAUGGAACCUGGCCAAUGAAGCAUUGUAUUCCGAACUACAUCUCUCACCGGGAAUUUCCACCAUCACAGCGCUGUUACUCAAUAUCGGCGGCCGACCGACAACAUCCCUGAUUGGAAACGGGGUUCAACUGGGUGCUGCUGUGUCACUCGCGCACUCACUUGGGUUGAAUCGUGACCCUCUUCCGUGGGACAUUCCAGAGGCCGAGAAAUUUCUACGAAUGAAGAUAUGGUGGUCUCUUCUCAUUCAUGACAAGUGGUCGAGUUUGGCGUAUGGUACGCCUUCUCAUAUUCAAAGAACCCAAUAUGACGUGCCAUCACCAUCUGCGGCCUACCUUCAACAGCACGGCGGUGCUACUGGUGCCGCUAAUGCGGUAUCAGUUUUCGUGGCCCUCUUUGACUUGACGACGAAUGUCCUCGAUUAUUAUUUGCAACACUUGUAUCGAGUCGAUAGAGAAAGAUGCGGUGUGAUCGGGAAUCUCGAGUUCAAGCUGAACCGAUGGGUCGAGACUCUUGGAGCUGACGUGCGUCGCAUUAUAACACGGGGCACGCAUCUGGACUUACCUGGGGCAGCUAAUCUGCGGCUCGCGUAUCUGUCGACGCAGCUUCUCCUUCGCAGGCUCGAGCUUGAAGAUGACAGAGAGAAACACGAUGCCGAUUCGGAUAUGCUCGCCAAUCGAUAUAUGCAGGUCAGAAUCACCGCAGAACAAAUUGUGCUAUUAGUCCAAGACCUACGAGAAACAAAUCUGGGAGAUUUCUGGUUGCCCGUCAGUAACUUCGUGUUUCCAUCCACCACAACAUUUCUGCUGCGGUGUGCUUUGGAAACAGAGAGCAGUCAACUGGGAUUAGCACAGAGCAGCUCACUACGCCUCGCCUGGGACCUGAUUGUUGCACUGCGCAGCCAUAAAGAUGCGUAUGGAUGGGACCUUGGUGAUGUUUGUCUGGCGCAACAUGCUGAGAUAAUAGAGCGACUGAUGUUACCAUAUUCUACAACAAGCGCUCCAAGUAUGCCUUGGCCAGAGUUGCAAGAGAUGGCCAUACCGGAUGCAUCGUUCAUUGACCAGCUCUUUCCCAGCUUAUGGGGCACAUUCAAUAGCAGUGUAGUAUAA